AUGUCUUCUGUUACAACAUUUAAGCGAAGUAAAAAUGCAGCCAACUCUAUCCGAGAAGAAGAAACUGCCUUUAAAGGUGGUUCUGACGGUGAUAGACAACAAAAACCACAGUUUAGAGAUGAACGUUUUCGAAGAAUGGAAUUAAUGAUCGAGUUCACUAACCUUCGUAACCCUAAACAUUGUCCAAGUGGUGUUUAUGUUAUGCCAUCUGCUGAAUUUUAUGAUGUUGUACCUACUAUCGUAUUUCCAUCUUCUACUAUAAACAAUCAAGGACUAUUUCAUCCAUUGGUUCAUGCUGAGACUGGUGAAUUCUCUUUAACUCAACGGUUCAAAGACUGGACAGCUCAUAAAUAUUUUAUCUUCCAUAUUCUUCAUUAUAUCAAAAAAUCAUUUAAGAAAGAGGUACUGGAUAAUUUGUCAGAAAAAUAUUGUCUUGGCAUAGACGCUUAUAAAUUGUAG